AGGACGCGGCGUUCACUGCCCCGUGACCGCGGUCCCGCCGGAGCCGCCUCAGCCAGGCCCGCGGUGGAGCCGCCAUGGCGGGGGACAGCCCCAGCGCCCUCCCGGUGCAGCUGGUGGAGCAGCCCAGAUUGCAGAAACUGAAGGAGAUGUUUAUAUCAAAGUUUGGAUCAGCUCCCAAGUUUUAUGCUCGUGCACCAGGACGAGUCAACUUAAUAGGAGAACACAUAGACUACUGUGGUUAUGCUGUGCUCCCGAUGGCUAUAGAACAAGAUAUCCUGAUUGCAGUAGAACCUGUACAAACUCAAGUUGUGCAACUGGCAAAUACCAAUUCUUUGUACUUGGAUUUCAGUACUAGUGUUAAUAACAUUCAGAUUAACAAAACCAAACCUCAGUGGCAUAACUACUUCCUGUGUGGACUGCAGGGUAUUCAGGAACAUUUUGGUCUUAAUAACCCAACUGGAAUGAAUUGUCUGCUAGAUGGAACCAUCCCUCCAAGUUCUGGUCUCUCUAGCUCCAGUGCUUUGGUGUGCUGUGCAGGACUCGUGACACUCCGAGCUAAUGGAAAAACCCUCUCUAAGGUGGAACUUGCAGAAAUCUGCACAAAGAGCGAACGUUAUAUUGGCACAGAAGGCGGAGGAAUGGACCAGUCAAUCUCUUUUCUGGCAGAAGAAGGAACUGCCAAGUUGAUAGAGUUCAGUCCACUGAGGGCAACUGAUGUUAGACUUCCAAGUGGAGCAACGUUUGUUAUUGCUAACAGUUGUGUUGAAAUGAAUAAAGCAGCAACUUCUCAUUACAAUAUUAGGGUAAUGGAGUGUCGGCUGGCUACAAAGCUUCUCUCAAAGUCAAAAGGCUUGGAGUGGAGAAAAAUGUUGAGACUCCAUGAUGUGCAAACCAAGCUAGGAGUUAGCCUAGAGGAAAUGCUGACCAUUGUCGAGGAGGUAUUACAUCCUGAGCCUUACAGCACAGAGGAAAUUUGUAAAUGCCUGGGAAUUAGCCUGGAGGAGCUCCGCUCUCAGAUCCUUAGUCAAAACAUGCAAGAUGUUUCCACCUUUAAGUUAUACCAGCGUGCAAAGCACGUGUACAGUGAGGCUGCCAGAGUGCUGGAAUUUCAGAAGAUUUGCAGCGAAGCACCUGCCAAUGCACUCCAGCUGCUGGGAGAAUUAAUGAAGCAGAGCCAUAUCAGCUGCAGGGAGAUGUAUGAGUGCAGCUGUCCUGAACUGGAUCGCCUGGUCGACAUCUGCCUGCAAUUUGGGGCCAUUGGGUCACGUCUGACUGGAGCUGGAUGGGGUGGCUGUACUGUGUCAAUGGUGCCUACUGACAAGCUGAACACUUUCCUAAAAAAUGUAAAAAAAGCUUAUUACCAAACAGAUGGCCAAAGGUUAGCAGUGGAAAAUAAUAGUCUGUUUGCUACCAAACCUGGAAGAGGAGCUUUGGUUUUUGUUGAGGCCUAAAGAACGUAAAAAUUUUAAAGAAACUAUGUAGAGCAUGUAGAACUGGCAGUACUUCCCAUGCCACAGUACAUGAAUGCUUUUUCUGGUUUGUAUUGUAAUGAACAGUUGCCAUUAUCAAAAUGUAUUUCUGAAGAAGCAAUUAAAAGAAAAUUCUUUGAUUAAAAAAGUCUUUUUUCCCCCAUAUAAAAUAUAUCUUUCAGUAUAAAUAUUGAUUUACUAAAACCUAUUGACAGGGAAAACUGAAAUUGAAAUAAAGAUGAUGAUUUGUUACAGUCUCUCUUUGACUGUAAUAAAAGACCAGGUGUGCCAUGAGCUGCCUCAGUGGAGGGAUGGGACCUCAGGGGAGGGCGGUUCAGUGCUUUUUCUCUUCAGGCUGGACAUUGUUUUGUUUGGAGUGUUCUGUAAAAAAGGAAGAUUAAACUGAAGCAUUCAAAAACUU